CAUAGCUCCGCCCCUCUCAACCAGUCGCAUGUUUACUUGCUUUGUCAGCGGUGUCCCCGCGGUACAUAUCUCAUGUUCUUCACUUGCUAACGAUCCAAACUUUGGACUUUCGCCUCCAGGAGUGACUUGUGUCAUCGUGGAGACUCCUUAUCAGCAGUUUCAUCAAGUAUCUGGCGUACCUUGAACGGAGGGGCAGACCGGGUUCACAGUUGUUUUUCUUGCUAACUGUGAGCGAUGACGUUAAAAUACAAUAAAACCGAGCCCGUGCUGAUACAGGAGCCGGUGACCAGCAUCCGGACAGCCCUUUCUGAUCUCUACCUGGAGCAGCUCCUCCAGAACAAACCGAAGGUGGACAAGGCAGCGAUGCAGACCUUCGAGAACAAGGGGGCUGACGUUUACACCAACGGUUGUGCCGGACACACGAACGGCACCGAGCUGACCAGGAUGAAGGAAGUGGUUUUUGAGAAAAGCGCCUCAGAGCCGAUGGGGGUCACUCUGAAGCUCAACGACAAACAGCGGUGCACCGUGGCCAGAAUACUGCACGGAGGGAUGAUCCACCGGCAAGGGUCUCUACACGAAGGAGAUGAAAUUGCAGAAAUUAACGGCAACAGUGUCGCGAACCAUAGCGUAGACCAUCUUCAGAAGAUUCUAAAAGAAACAAAUGGAGUGGUGACAAUGAAGAUCAUCCCCAAAAUGCAAAAUCGCUCCAGAGUCUGUGAGAUGUACAUGAGGGCGCAGUUUGAUUACGACCCCGCCAAAGACGACCUCAUCCCCUGCAAAGAGGCCGGCUUGAAGUUCAGCACCGGAGACAUCAUCCAGAUCAUCAACAAGCAGGACCCUAACUGGUGGCAGGGCCGAGUGGAGAGCAGCGCUGUGGACUUUGCAGGGUUGAUACCCUCCCCUGAGCUCCAAGAAUGGCGGGUGGCCAGUAAAAGCAAAGCCAAGGGGGGGAAUCCGUCUUGUAGCCCAUUUGGAAAGAAAAAGAAGUGCAAAGACAAGUACUUAGCUAAACACAGCUCUAUUUUUGACCAGCUGGAUGUGAUUUCCUACGAGGAAGUGGUACAGCUUCCUGCCUUUCAGAGGAAGACGCUGGUGCUCAUCGGUGCACCCGGUGUGGGAAGGAGCCACAUCAAAAACUCGCUGUUGACGAAAUACUCUGACAAGUUUUCCUACCCCGCGCCACACACCACCAGACCCCAGCGGAAGGAUGAGGAGAGCGGGAAGGAAUAUUUCUUCAUCUCCAACGACGUCAUGACCAAGUGCAUCACUGGGAAUGAGCUGCUGGAGUACGGCAGCUUCCAGGGAUACAUGUUUGGGACGAAAUUUGAGACCAUCCAAAAGAUUCACGAACAGGGGAAAAUAGCCGUGUUGGAUAUUGAACCUCAGACCCUGAAACUGGUUCGGACUGCUGAUUUUGCUCCUUUAGUGGUGUUCAUCGCUCCAACCAACUCUGCCACACAGACGGAAAACCUGCAGAUGAUCCAGAAAGAGUCGGACGCCAUCCUGAGCACAUACGGACAUUUCUUUGACGUGGUUCUCGUCAACAACGACGUAGAUGAAAGCGUCAAAGGCGUGGAGGAGGCCAUCGAGAGGGCCACCUCCACCCCACAGUGGGUGCCCGUGUCGUGGGUGUACUGAGGGGUGCAUGCCGUCUUCACUCCUGCUUCAAAUAAAACAAUAAAAUAAAAUAAAAACAGUGCAAUAUUACUCCUUCACCGUCAAAGAUGUCCAAAGUAUUUACUUUUUAAUUGUCACAGAGAUUUUUUUUUCACAAAUUUGUUGUGAAAAAUAAAGAAUAAAAAGCAAUAUAUUGUUUCUCUCAGAAUACGGAGAUGCUCGAUUGUGUCAGCUUUAGGCUUUUCAGGGACGGCACACCUUUCAGAUUGUGAGAAAAAUAAGCAAAACUGGACCAGAACUGUGAAUGAGAUCAUCACUUCUCUCUGCUCACCAUCAGUUUCACCCAUGAAGUCGCAGAGUCUUUGCUGUCUUUGUGUAAAACGUUUGUCAACCACUUCACAGGAGUCCCAUCUGAAUGUCAUACCUCACAGGGGUAUGGAAAAGGCACUUUGAAAGUGAAUAAAGACAGACCUCCUCCCUCUGCUGCAUCUUUGA